AUGGGGUGGAGGAGAGAUGAGAGCGUGAGGAGAGCCCCGGGUCCACACAUCACUGGAUGCGGCAGCGGCAUGUGGACGACAGACACACCGGAGACGUGUGCGGGGACUUUAUGCUGACGGCCGGCCUCUCAUAGGAGCGCAGGACCCGCCGUGAUGGCCGGGGGACGCAGAGGACUAGUGGCCCCACAAAACACUUUUCUGGAAAAUAUUGUCCGAAGGUCUAACGACACAAACUUUGUGUUGGGAAAUGCCCAGAUCGUAGACUGGCCCAUCGUUUACAGUAAUGAUGGCUUUUGUAAGCUGUCCGGCUACCACCGUGCUGAGGUCAUGCAGAAAAGCAGCACUUGCAGCUUCAUGUAUGGAGAGCUCUCAGAUAAGGACACAUGUGAGAAAGUUCGGCUGACUUUUGAGAACUAUGAAAUGAACUCAUUUGAGAUCUUGAUGUACAAGAAAAACAGAACGCCGGUUUGGUUUUUUGUGAAAAUAGCGCCUAUACGAAAUGAACAGGAGAAGGUUGUGCUCUUCCUGUGUACAUUUAGUGACAUCACAGCAUUCAAACAACCAAUUGAAGAUGACUCCUCCAAAGGAUGGGGGAAGUUUGCUCGUCUGACUAGGGCUCUGACUAGCAGUAGAGGGGUCUUGCAACAACUGCAGCCCACUGUACAUAAAGGAGAGAAUGUACAUAAACACUCGCGCCUUGCUGAGGUUCUCCAGCUGGGCUCAGAAAUCCUGCCCCAGUACAAACAAGAGACGCCCAAGACCCCUCCUCACAUCAUCCUGCACUACUGUGCCUUUAAGACCACCUGGGACUGGGUCAUCCUCAUUCUCACCUUCUACACCGCCAUCAUGGUCCCCUACAAUGUCUCUUUCAAAACCAAGCAGAACAACAUCACCUGGCUGGUUGUGGACAGCAUUGUGGAUGUGAUCUUUUUGGUAGACAUUGUACUGAAUUUCCACACCACAUUCGUGGGCCCAGCCGGGGAAGUGAUAUCAGACCCGAAACUGAUUCGCAUGAAUUACUUGAAAACCUGGUUUGUGAUUGACCUGUUGUCCUGUCUGCCUUAUGAUGUCAUCAACGCCUUUGAGAACGUGGAUGAGGGUAUCAGUAGCUUGUUUAGUUCGCUGAAGGUGGUUCGGUUGUUGCGUCUGGGCCGGGUGGCUCGCAAACUAGAUCACUACAUUGAAUACGGUGCGGCUGUUUUGGUUCUGCUAGUUUGUGUGUUUGGGCUGGCGGCCCAUUGGCUGGCCUGCAUCUGGUACAGUAUUGGAGACUAUGAGGUGAUUGAUGAGGAUCAUAACACAAUACGUACGGACAGCUGGCUUUAUAUGCUGGGUGAGACCAUCGGGUCACCCUAUCGCUUCAACGCCAGCGGGACAGGAAGAUGGGAAGGGGGACCUACAAAAGAUUCUGUCUACAUUACGUCUCUGUACUUCACCAUGACCAGCCUGACCAGUAUUGGCUUUGGAAACAUUGCUCCCACCACAGAUGGGGAGAAGAUCUUCGCCGUGGCCAUGAUGAUGAUUGGAUCUCUCCUCUAUGCUACCAUCUUCGGUAAUGUGACAACUAUCUUCCAGCAGAUGUAUGCUAACACGAACCGCUAUCAUGAGAUGCUGAACAGUGUGCGGGACUUCCUGAAGCUGUACCAGGUGCCCAAAGGCCUGAGCGAGAGGGUUAUGGAUUACAUCGCCUCCACGUGGUCCAUGUCCCACGGUAUUGACACCGAAAAGGUUUUACAGAUCUGUCCUAAAGACAUGCGUGCUGAUAUAUGUGUGCACCUGAACAGGAAGGUUUUUAAGGAACAUCCUGCUUUCCGUUUAGCCAGUGACGGCUGUUUGCGAGCUUUAGCCAUGGAGUUCCAGACCAUCCACUGCGCUCCAGGAGAUCUUAUUUACCAUGCGGGCGAAAGCGUGGACAGCCUCUGUUUUGUGGUGUCAGGGUCACUGGAGGUCAUCCAAGACGACGAGGUGGUUGCCAUUCUAGGUAAAGGUGAUGUGUUUGGGGACGUGUUCUGGAAGGAGGUGACUCUAGCUCAGGCGUGUGCUAAUGUGAGAGCGCUAACAUACUGUGACCUGCAUGUGAUCAAACGGGACGCGCUUCAGAAAGUCUUAGAAUUCUACACCGCCUUCUCCAACCACUUUUCACGAAACCUCCUGCUUACGUACAACCUGCGCAAACGGCUUGUGUUCAGAAAGAUCAGUGAUGUGAAGCGUGAGGAAGAGGAAAGGCUGAGGAGGAAGAAUGAGGCCCCGCUGAACCUCCCCCCUGAUCAUCCCGUCCGCCGUCUGUUCCAGCGAUUCCGCCAGCAGAAGGAAGCACGUCUCGCCGCUGGGCGUCCCAAUACCAAUGACUCUGAUCUCGAGAAGGGCCAAAUCCACCACGAAGUCAUCAGCCAAGAUGUAGUUGCCACCACAAGCAUCAUCACGGUAACCGAGAUCCCUGCCACACCUAUCCCGUCCCACCAGAGCAAAAACCGUACCAUGGGUCCAUUUGACCAGGCCAAGCUUAGCGCCCCUGCCCCAAAUGUCCCUCGGACAGCAGAGCCACGUGCACGAGGAUGGGCGAGGUUUAGGGAGAGCAUGGCAAAGCCAGAAAGCUGGGGAAACGUUCCUAAAGCAGAAUCAAUGGAGACUUUGCCAGAGCGAAGCGAUUCUAGAAAGAUUUCGGAGCCCAGUGGACUGAAGAAGACCGAUUCCUGUGACAGUGGCAUCACCAAAAGCGACCUCCGGCUGGACGAAGGUGGUGCCCUCACCCCUGUAGACCGAAGCCCGGUCCAGCCCGACGGAAAAUCUCCCCCGAUCCCACCAAUUCCCGAACACACGCUGCACGCCUCGCUCCUGGAACUCCGGACUGAACUUAAAGAGGAGCUGUCUGCACUCGGUAACCGAAUGGUUGCCUUGGAGACACAGGUUGCUGAGGUGUUGAGGUUGCUAAGGAGCAGAAAGACUCCGACCUCUCCCAUGUCACUCUUCCAGAUCUCACGGCCUACAUCACCAGACACAGACAAGGAGGACAUGUUCCCUUAAAGAAAAUGAGGCUGACAGACAGUGAGAGCUCUUGCCGCAGGGCCUACUCCGACUGAUGGUUGUCAUGGCAAUGCACCGUCCCCAACUUCAAGUUCGGGCCCUUCAAGAUCCCACUCAUGUAGCAAGUCUUCCCCUCUCUCUGUCACUCACUCACACACACAGACACACACACACUGCUGUUUGUGCUCUACAGUCUUCCUGGUAUAGGGAUCUGUUGCGCUCCUUCCUAUUGGUCAACUCGCCCUCAAACACGAGCCUUUAUCAGGAAUCACAGAGCUAAGCGUCUUACCCAAACACAUGGUGGUGUGGAGAUAAGUUGCUUGACAAAAGACUGGAGAAGCUAUGGAACCAUAAAAACCCCAGGCAGCUUUGGUGAAUUACUUUAGACAAACGUGUUUGUACAAUGACAAAUCACUACUAUCCCAAGAGUUGUACGCGUUACUGGAGAAACUAAUGAGCUCUACAGGGGUUUUAAAGUGUGACAGCUGUUAAGGUCCUUUGCCAUGACUUGCAUCAAUGCACAUCUCAACAGAAUCAAAAAUAAAACCAAACAACAAUGGCAUUGUACAGUUUUAGGGAUGCACUAUAUAUCGGCUUACAGAUUUAUUGGAUAUAUAUCAGCCAAUGUUGAAUAUUUAAAGGUGCCAUAAAAUGCACUGAUACAAUAUUUUAAAUUGUUCUCUGAUGUCCCCAGAAUGUGUAUGUGAGGUUUUAUCUCAAAAUACCCAACAGAUAAUUUUUUAUUGCUUGUUGAAAUUUCCACUUUUAGGGUAUGAGCAAAAACGUGCAGUUUAUGUGUAUAUCCACUUUAAAUGAAAAUGAGCUGGUGCUCCCACCUCCCUUUUCAGACAAGUGCGGAGCAGAGCUUCAAGAGCUCAUGCUCGCGGGCAUAUCACUGUUAUUAUGUUAUAACUGGUGGUGAUCGACCUCACAUUGCUUCCAAACACAAUUUUUAACUACCACAUUCCUAUUCAGGAUCAUUCUGGUAGCUUGUGAAGGCAGCGUUAGUGAAAACAGGCAGAGACAAUGUUAGCUUUAGCAACAUUAGCCUUACAGAGAGCUAUGAAGUUCAAACUAAAUAUAAUGCGUGAUGCUUACUUUGUCUGGAGUCAGGAUGUUUGUGCACAAAGCGUUGGCAUUGAUUCCUCUUUCAGAAGCAAUCUUUGCACAACUGCAGCACUGUACUGACCUUCGUUUGUGAGGCAGUACGAAGUAAAAUAGUGUAAACACAAAGUACAGGACUUUUCCGUUUUUUUUUUUUUUUUGGGGACAUUUUCUUCGAAAAUGAAGGUUACCACCAUAAUAUCUAUUUUACAUACUAUACAUUAUAAAUGUUGUGAUGCCUUAAUUAACUUUUAGCAUUCAAAAGGAUUGAUUUGAGCUUUUAUUUUUAAUUCAUUCAAGGUGCAGUGUGUAAUAUUUGCAACUAUCUAUUUACAGAAAUACAAUAUAAUAUACAUAACUAUGUUUUCAGAGGUGUAUAAAGAUCUUUCUUAAUGAACCGUUAUGUUUUUAUUACCUUAGAUUGAGCUAUUUCUCUCUACAUACACCGCGGGUCCCCUUAUAUGGAAGUCGCCACCAUGUUUCUACAGUAGCCCUAAACGGACAAACUGCUCUAUAGAGCAUGUUUCGUC